CUUUAGUUUAAAGCAUAUUUAAAUGUUUUAACAAAUAAAGGUUUUGACUGCGGAAGGAUCUGGUCAUGUGACGUGCCGUAAACGUCACGCCCCUGGGUUUGUAUAAAUACAGUUUCAUUCGCAUUCAACGACAGAUUUUCUUUGAAGCAGAGGACGUGUAUAUUUUCAGAAGCAAUUUCAGUUUCACGAUCAACAAGCUUGUUAAAAGAUGCAGAUCUUUGUCAAGACCCUAACUGGUAAGACCAUCACCCUUGAGGUCGAGCCAAGCGACACCAUUGAAAAUGUGAAGGCCAAGAUCCAGGACAAAGAAGGCAUUCCCCCUGACCAGCAGAGAUUGAUCUUUGCUGGCAAACAGCUGGAAGAUGGUCGUACCCUGUCUGACUACAACAUCCAGAAAGAGUCUACCUUGCAUCUGGUGCUGCGUCUCAGGGGAGGCAUGCAGAUCUUCGUCAAGACCUUGACGGGCAAGACCAUCACCCUUGAGGUCGAGCCAAGUGACACCAUUGAGAAUGUGAAGGCAAAGAUCCAGGACAAAGAAGGCAUUCCCCCUGACCAGCAGAGGUUGAUCUUUGCUGGCAAACAGCUGGAAGAUGGUCGCACACUGUCCGACUACAACAUCCAGAAAGAGUCUACCUUGCAUCUGGUGCUGCGUCUCAGGGGAGGCAUGCAGAUUUUCGUCAAGACCUUGACAGGCAAGACCAUCACGCUCGAGGUAGAGCCAAGCGACACCAUUGAGAACGUCAAGGCAAAGAUCCAGGACAAAGAAGGCAUUCCCCCUGACCAGCAGAGGUUGAUCUUUGCUGGCAAACAGCUGGAAGAUGGUCGCACACUGUCCGACUACAACAUCCAGAAAGAGUCUACCUUGCAUCUGGUUUUGCGUCUCAGGGGAGGCAUGCAGAUCUUCGUCAAGACCUUGACGGGCAAGACCAUCACCCUUGAGGUCGAGCCAAGUGACACCAUUGAGAAUGUGAAGGCAAAGAUCCAGGACAAAGAAGGCAUUCCCCCUGACCAGCAGAGGUUGAUCUUUGCCGGCAAACAGCUGGAAGAUGGUCGCACACUGUCCGACUACAACAUCCAGAAAGAGUCUACCUUGCAUCUGGUUCUGCGUCUCAGGGGAGGCAUGCAGAUCUUUGUCAAGACCUUGACAGGCAAGACCAUCACGCUCGAGGUAGAGCCAAGCGACACCAUUGAGAACGUCAAGGCAAAGAUCCAGGACAAAGAAGGCAUUCCCCCUGACCAGCAGAGGUUGAUCUUUGCCGGCAAACAGCUGGAAGAUGGUCGCACACUGUCCGACUACAACAUCCAGAAAGAGUCUACCUUGCAUCUGGUUUUGCGUCUCAGGGGAGGCAUGCAGAUCUUCGUCAAGACCUUGACGGGCAAGACCAUCACCCUUGAGGUCGAGCCAAGUGACACCAUUGAGAAUGUGAAGGCAAAGAUCCAGGACAAAGAAGGCAUUCCCCCUGACCAGCAGAGGUUGAUCUUUGCUGGCAAACAGCUGGAAGAUGGUCGCACACUGUCCGACUACAACAUCCAGAAAGAGUCUACCUUGCAUCUGGUGCUGCGUCUCAGGGGAGGCAUGCAGAUCUUCGUCAAGACCUUGACAGGCAAGACCAUCACGCUCGAGGUAGAGCCAAGCGACACCAUUGAGAACGUCAAGGCAAAGAUCCAGGACAAAGAAGGCAUUCCCCCUGACCAGCAGAGGUUGAUCUUUGCUGGCAAACAGCUGGAAGAUGGUCGCACACUGUCCGACUACAACAUCCAGAAAGAGUCUACCUUGCAUCUGGUUCUGCGUCUCAGGGGAGGCAUGCAGAUCUUCGUCAAGACCUUGACGGGCAAGACCAUCACCCUUGAGGUCGAGCCAAGUGACACCAUUGAGAAUGUGAAGGCAAAGAUCCAGGACAAAGAAGGCAUUCCCCCUGACCAGCAGAGGUUGAUCUUUGCCGGCAAACAGCUGGAAGAUGGUCGCACACUGUCCGACUACAACAUCCAGAAAGAGUCUACCUUGCAUCUGGUGCUGCGUCUCAGAGGAGGUUCAGAUGUUUAAACUGACAGUCUCAAGGAUGAACAUUUAAUUCUUUCAGUAAUCCCCAUGCACUCACCACUUUUCUCCUAUUCUCUCCAUACUUUAACUGAAUCCUAUUACAUUUAUUAGUUUUUUAUUUUUUAUUUUUUUCCACCUGUUUUUUAUUUUUAUUUUUUUAUCUUGAGAUGACAAAAUAAAAGCAUUGAAAUGUAA